GGCCCACCACUGGCCAACCCGGGAGAGCGGGGACUGCAUCGUGACCCCCCUAUCCCGAGGCACCUCCCUGCUCCCCCAACUCGGCGGCCGCGCGCUCCGCCGGCCCCUUUCCUCCCCCGCCCCAGCCCCGCAGUCCGGGAGGCGGGGGUCGGCGAGUCCGCUAAGUGGGAGCCGUGCGGUGUCCGAGAAGCCAGUCGGCGACCGAUUUCCUUGCAGGCAUAGACCCCUUUGCUUCCAGAGCAAGCUCCAGCAGAAGAGAGACUUGAAGGGUGCACCCUGGCACUCAAGCACCAAACCUGCAUCCUAGACCAGGGUCUCUCUUACUCCACAUCUGUAAUGGGGGGAAAUGGGCACAGCACAUCCUGCUCCAGAGACACCAGAAGAGAAGACCCUACACGGUCUACUCCUGCCCAAUGCAGAGGGGAGCAGAAAUUCCAGAGCCCACCCCUGCAGGAUUUAAGAAAACUGAAAAUAACCCGCAGCUCAAGGAGGUAGACGACGGAGCGUGAGCGGCACGCUUCCCUGCUGGCCUCGCCCCGAGUCUGCACCCCCAGGGCGCCCCGGCUGGGCCCUCACCAUGUUCGCUGCAUCAGAGGCGGCGGCGGCCGCGGGCAGGCCUUACGCGUGCAGUGAGUGCGGCAAGAGCUUCCGCUAUAGUACGGUGCUGCUGCGGCACCAGCGCGCCCACGGCGGAGACAGCUGCUUCCGUUGCCUAGACUGCGGCGAGCGCUGCGCACGGGCUGCCGACCUCCGAGCACACCGACGCACCCAUGCCGGCCAGACGCUGUACAUCUGUAGCGAGUGCGGCCGGAGCUUCCGCCACAGCAGCCGCCUCGACCAGCACCAGAGUGCGCACAGACAGCACAGCCGCUCCUGCCCCUGCCGCGCCUGCGGCCGCCGCUUCCCACACCUCCCAGCUCUGCUGCUGCACCGGCGCCGCUGGCACCCACCUGAGCGGCCCAGCCGCUGCCCGCUGUGCUCCCGCACCUUCCGCCAGAGUGCACUGUCCUUCCACCAGGCGAGGGCGCACCCGUGGGGGACACCUGUCCCGCCCGCCGACCGGCUCCACCGCUGCGCACAGUGCCCGCGGGCGUUCCGCAGCAGCACCGCCCUGCGGUGCCAUGAGCGCGUCCAUGCAGCCCAGAGCCCUGGCAGCUCCACAUCCCAGCAGCCACGUGCUCCAGACACACACCAGUGCGGUGUGUGCGGCAAGAUCUUCUGCAAGAGCGCCACACUAACACGACACCUGCAGACGCACUCAGGCGAGAAGCCUUUCAAAUGCCCGGAGUGCGGCAAGGGCUUCUUGGAGAGCGCCACGCUGGUGCGCCAUCAGCGCACACACACGGGCGAGAAGCCCUACGCUUGCGGCGACUGCGGGCGCUGCUUCAGCGAGAGCUCCACACUGCUGCGCCACAGGCGCAGCCACCAGGGCCAGCGGCCGCACGCAUGCACCACCUGUGGCAAGGGCUUUGGGCAGCGCUCCGACCUGGUGGUGCACCAGCGCAUCCACACUGGCGAGAGGCCUUUCCCGUGUCCCGAGUGCGGUCGCCGCUUCAGCGACCGCUCAGACCUCACCAAGCACCGGCGCACGCACACGGGCGAGAAGCCCUACCGCUGUGAAUUGUGUGGGAAGCUCUUCACGUGUGUGUCCAACCUCAAUGUGCACCGGCGCAACCACGCCGGCCACAAGCCCCACAAGUGCCCCGAGUGUGGCAAGGCCUUCAGCGUGGCCUCCAAGCUGGCGCUGCACCGCAAGACACACCUGGGCGAGCGGCCAGCAGAAUGUGCUGAGUGUGGCAAAUGCUUCAGCCACAGCCGCUCGCUGUCGCAGCACCAGCGGGCCCACACACGUGCUCGCACCACCGCUGCCACCCAGGUCCCCGCAGGAGCUGCCCUCAUCUUUGCCGGGCAGGCAGGACAGGAAAAGCCGGAACUUUUUGUGUCCCAGUUGAGGGAGACUUGCUGAGAGGCUUCUCUGGAGUGGGCUAGGCAAGCACCAAUAUACUGCCACAGGGAAGGUGGGGCAGCUCCCAGAUGGAGGUCUGUGGAAAGGUAGCACAGCCUGUCACCUUUCCCUAUCUCUGUUGGUAGCCCUUCACCUGGCCUCCUGCCAUGCCCCUAUAUCUACUUCCCUUGUCAGCUCUUUUCCUGGCCUCAGUCCUUCUCCCCCUCUGGGGUGUAGGUGCAGGGGCCGGAAAACCUCCAAGACCCCACAGCAUAGAAGAGAGCCCAGGUAUUGGUGUGUUCCACCACUGCUGUUGUGCUCUCAGGUGUAUCCUCGUUUCCCAUCUGUGUGUUGUCUUCUCCUGUUCCCUCUCCUUUUUCCAGUCUUGAGUCUCCUCUACCUCUCCUUCCUGGGGACUUUUGCUGCUGUGCCUUUUCAGGUAAUGAUCACAGAUGUGGCCACAUUCACAUCCCACCUGCCCUGUGGUCUUCUUGCCUCUUGCUUCUACUUAACUGUUAGUCUCUCUGCUGCUUUCCUCCUGGGCUUCUGAGAUGGUGGGAGAGCUCACUUCAGUGAAGGACGUUUACACACCAGAAGGACCUAGCCUACUGCUUGGCAGAGAUGGCCCGCCUACGUGAACGUGGGCGGGAGCACUCAGCAUGGCCGCCCACUUUCCCAUGGGCCAGACCUGAUGGUGUCCAGAUCAAGGUGCCUCUCAGGACAGUGUGCUCCAGCCAGAUGGGGGACAUUAGCUCUGGGACUUGGGCCAAGACUACAUGGGUCCACAAAACCAGGCACUGCCAAUUUCAGCAUCAGAAUGUUAUUUCUGAAUCAAGCUUGGAGCCAUGGGGAAACUGAGCUCCACAGAGGCGACAGUGCAGGGUGGAAAAUUCCCUGGAAUUGGCUAGAGAUUUUUUGCUUAUGGCUGGUGAAAUAAAGAGUUGUUUGUUUGGGUUCUGGA